AUGCCCUUACUUGAUACACACACUGGUCCCUCAUAUGGCACACUCGAUCAAAUGGAGAGGCGCGAUCAGCAUGAAGGAGAACAUCUCCUUCCGGCGGGAUAUGAAAGCGACGGUCACGACAGUGAGAUAGCGUCGGAUGAUUCGGUACAGGAAGGUGUCCGGAAGAUUGAAGCCAUCAGCUUGACCUGGACAACAAAGUCGCUUGUCGUAGCUUAUGUCAGUAUUUUUCUCAUGGCGUUCUGUACUUCUCUAGAGGGCCAGACCACUAUGUCACUCUCUGCUUAUGCAACCAGUGCAUUUAGCAAACACUCUUUGAUUUCAACGGUCCUUGUUGUCCAGAAUGUAGUCAAUGCUGUAAUUAAGCCUCCCAUGGCUAAGAUAGCCGAUGUCUUCGGUCGCUUUGAGGCAUUCUGCGUCUGCAUUCUGAUAUAUGUUCUUGGCUAUAUACAGAUGGCGGCGUCGACCAAUGUCCAGACUUACGCAUCCGCUCAGAUUUUCUAUUCCGCCGGUUCUACGGGCUUGCAGAUCCUCCAACAAGUGUUUAUUGCGGACAGCAGUAGCCUCCUCAACAGGGCUUUCCUCGCCCUCUUGCCAGAAUUCCCGUUCUUGGUUACAGUUUGGAUUGGACCGGCAAUAGCAGAUGCAGUGAUACACUACUCAUCAUGGCGUUGGGGUUAUGGAAUGUGGUCGAUUAUUCUGCCAGCUUCGUUUCUCCCGUUGGCGCUUACACUGUUACUAAAUCAACGCAAGGCUAAGAGAUUGAAUCUUAUCAAGCGAAAACAUGCAUCUCGGGGUGGCCUUGUCGGUGUCAUUCGUCGUACUUGGUACGAUCUCGACAUGUUUGGCUUGAUACUCCUUUCGGCGGCAGUUACAUUGAUCUUGGUACCUCUGACGCUUGCCGCCAAUGCUAGAGACGGAUGGAAGAACAACGGUAUCUGGGUGAUGAUUGCGGUCGGCAUAGUUUGUCUCUUAGUAUUACCGCUGUGGGAGACUUCGAAAAGGUUCGCCCCUAAGCCUCUUCUCUCCUUGCACCUACUUAGGCAACGCACUGCCCUUGCUGGUUGUGCUUUGGCUUUUUGGUAUUUUAUGGCAUUUUAUUUUUCCGUUCAACCAUACCUUUACUCUUAUCUUCAAGUAGUUCAAGGAUAUGAUGUCUCUACAGCUGGUCGUGUGACGCAGACUUUUGCGUUUACGUCAACUAUUGCUGCUUUCUCGGUUUCUUUGUUGAUUAAGUAUACGGGACGGUACCGUAUCUACGUGACCAUUGGAAGCGCGAUUUACAUGUUUGGGCUGCUAUUGAUGAUGCUCUACCGCAAAGAAGGGAGCUCAGCAACGCUAAUUCUUGGAACACAAAUCGUGGUGGGUAUGGGAGGCGGUCUCCUUAACGUACCUGUCCAGCUAGGAGUUCAAGCAUCUGCUAGCCACCAGGAUGUAGCGGCCGCUACGGCAAUGUUUUUGACAGCCAUGGAGAUGGGUGGCGCAGUUGGCGCAGCAAUCUCAGGGGCUGUCUGGACGCACAAUAUUCCACGGAAGUUACGGCAUUAUCUCCCUGGUGAGAACAAAGGAGAUGUCGACGAAAUAUUUGGAAGAUUGGAUAAGGCGCUAUCUUUCCCUAUGGGUUCGCCGGCUAGGAUUGCCAUCAAUCGAUCUUAUCAAGAGACUAUGAAUAAGCUGCUGGUGUUGGCGCUGGUCGCGACGAUCCCAUUGAUCCCCUUGAGUCUUUUGAUGAAGAAUUACAGGUUGGACAAACUUAACCCCGGCCCAAUUGACGGGCCUAGUGGGGGGCGUCUAGUUCCAGACAAUGGACAAGGCUUAUCGGAGGGCGAGUCCGAGUCAGAAGGACACUCGAAGCAACCAUGA